UAUAUAUUUUGGUGUUUCUUUGGCCGCUGUCGUGUCGUUGUUGGUCGCGCAGUUCGCGUUGUUGUGAUUUACCUAUCGUGGAAGUAAAAGUGAUUUAGUUCUUUUUAUUUGUACUCCCCAUUUGGUGUUGGCCCAAAAAUUAUUAAGCUUAAAGUGCAUUUACUAUUCACCAUUAUAACACGUUUCUUGUACUAAGUUAAAAGUCAAAUAUCCAAACACAAGAAGGAAAAUGUCCAAUUACACUACUAGCAAUCCAAAUGCCAUCACGAAACAGAAACUGGAUGAAUGGCGAAAGAACUUCUACAGCGAACCGAAGAACAUUCUUGCACAGAAUGUCUGCUCGCGUGUGGACCCAUUUGAUGUUUGCCUGUCGCGCAAAUCGCUUGAACUCACCAAUCAUGUAUUUACUUAUAAGGUGGAAAGCGAGGGCAAACCCAUUACUAACCAAAAAAGUUCCGGCCGUUGUUGGCUGUUUGCUGCGCUCAACUGCAUACGCCUGCCAUUUAUGAAGCGUUUAAAUAUCGAUGAAUUUGAAUUUUCUCAGGGCUACCUAUUCUAUUGGGAUAAAAUUGAGCGUUGCAAUUAUUUUCUAAAUAAUAUUGUAAAGACGGCGAAGCGCGAUGAGGCGGUGGACGGACGCUUGGUGUCAUUUUUAUUGAAUGACCCAACUUCGGAUGGCGGCCAAUGGGAUAUGUUAGUUAAUUUAAUAACCAAACAUGGUUUAAUGCCAAAGAAAUGCUUCCCAGAGACAUACAGUUGUGAGGCGAGCAUGCGCAUGAAUGCCAUACUGAAAAGCAAGCUUCGUGAGUAUGCCAAAAUAUUGCGUGAACUUUUGGGAACUUCACCGCCCGAUGAGGUGGUUACACAAAAGAUCGAUGAAAUGAUGGCCAGUAUUUAUAAGAUAGUCGGCAUCUGCUUGGGCAUUCCCUCCGAGCGUUUCACCUGGGAGUAUUAUGACAAAUCCAAAGCUUAUAAUUCAAUUGGGCCCUUAACGCCGUUGGAGUUCUAUGAAAAUAAUGUAAAACCAAUAUUCAAUGUUGAAAAUAAGGUAUGUUUAGUGAAUGAUCCACGCCCAUCUAGCCUGUACGAUCAAACGUACACAGUUGAUUGUCUCGGCAAUGUGGUGGGUGGUCGCCCAGUGCUUUAUAAUAAUCAACCAGUCGAGAAACUACUGCAGCUGGUCGCUGCAAGUUUGAAAGCCGGUGAGGCCGUUUGGUUCGGUUGUGAAGUCAGUAAACGCUUUGCAUCAAAGCAGGGCAUUGAAGAUUUGCAUGUACAUGACUUUAAGUUGGUAUUUGAUGUUGAUAUUCAAACGCCCUUGUCGAAGGCUGAGCGCCUUAUUUUCGGUGAAUCAGCAAUGACACAUGCCAUGUUAUUCACCGCUGUAUCUGUUGAUGAAAAUGGUGAUGUAACAAAAUUGCGCGUUGAAAACUCUUGGGGUGAAGAUCGUGGUGAAAAAGGUUAUCUGGUUAUGACCGCUGAAUGGUUCAAGGAAUUCGGUUUUGAAGUUGUGAUCGACAAAUCAUAUGUGCCGCCUGAAAUUCUGCAAGUUUUCGAUAUGGAACCAAUUGUGCUUCCAGCUUGGGACCCAAUGGGCACCCUAGCUAAAUCUACAUAAACCUGAUAUAAAUACGUAAUACACUUUUUUACAUAUACAUAAAUACAUGCAUACAUAAUAUAUAUUAAAUAGUUUGUGUACAAUCUCCAAACAAUGCGAAAUAAAUAAUUACUGUUUAAAAGGAAAAAUUUAAACGCAAAAA